AAACUAGUUUAAUUCAGAUUUUAAAGGUUGGUGGCCUAAAAAUAUAAAGCCAUUUAAUUUGUACAAAUAUACAUAUAAAAAUAUAUUACUGAAGCAUAGAUAAUAUAUAUUCUUUCAUUGUCUAGUAAAAUGUUGGGGAAAAGCAGAAAACCAUCUUAUUUAAGAGGCUGUUGUUAAUGACAUGCAGGGAACUAGCUAGCACAGAUUACAAAAGCUUUAUUUCAGUCAAGAAUAUUGCACCGGAAGUGAAAAUUUGGGAAUGAGAUACAGUAUUGUUAUUAGUUGCUGUCGAGUCAGUUCCAACUCAUGGCGACCCCUGUGGUUUAUCCCUUUUUUGUGCUUAUGAUGGCCAUGCUGUGAAGGAAACAGUAUGAAAAAAAAAUUGAAAACAACUCUUUGUUCAAACACUUUUAAAAUUGAGUUUGGAGAGUGUUUUUUUUUUUGAAAUAUUCUGCCUGAUGCACCAUAUUUUUCCCAAACGUGCCCACGCAAAUAAUGUGCACAUGCAUAUAAUGUUAGGAAAUGAUGUAAUUAUGUUAAGUUCCAGCAUGGCAUGACCAUACACAUACCAUGCAUGUCUUGUGACAUUUCCAGAAGUGGAUUUUGGCCUCAUUUAUCCUCAUUUAAUAGUCCGAAAAUAUUACUUUUGAUCAUAUUUGUAUAAUAAAGGUAUAAACCGUGGUCAUGAAGUAGUACCCCGGUAAUUGGAAAAUAAACAGUUGAAACUGCACUUGAUUCUAUUAAUUUAAAUUGAUAAUUAUAUCCCUGUCGCUUUUGUGUCAUCGGUGGGAACCUUGACUCUGCGGAUGCCUGUUCACAGUGAAACCUGCACUGGCGUAAAUGGUGUUGAGUAGCUGUCAGUACGAAUCUCGAUUCAGUCUGCGUUGCCAUAAUUGUCACAGUCAUCUUCCAGUUCUGGCUUUUAAUUGGAGGAUAAAGAAAGCAAAACUGAUACGUGAUUGCUCUUGGCUCAACAGUUGAAUGUGAAAAGCUUAUCAGGUCAUUUUAGGUGAAACCAUUAAGCUGUGUUAGGUCUGAUUAUUUCAUAGUCUUAAUUAUGUCUCAUUAGUGCCACUGUCUGAUUAGUGGUCAUAAGUCACCUUAGUCAUAUACUUUUGAGCAUAUAAAAGACCCUUGCUCCUUAUACACCUCACAUUUGAAUUUUUUGAUCUCUUUAUUGGAACCAGGAGCCCUGGUGGUGCAGUGGGCUGCUAACCAAAAGGUAGGCAGCUCAAAUCCACCAGCUGUUCCUUGGAAACUCUGUGGGGCAGCUCUACUCUGCCCUAUAGGGUUGCUGUGAGUCAGAAUCAACUCUAUGACAGUGGGUUUGGUUUUUUUGGCUUGGUUACUGAAACUAGCCUAUUAUCCAUUAAUAUCGUACACAGUUUUUUUUUUAGUUUAUAAAUCAAUCUUAGAACCCUUUAGGACCAUGGCAGGAAUUAAAUGCAAGUCCUACACCGCUGACAUCAAAGUUAGAGUUGUAAUUGUGAGGGUGGAAGAAACAAGCAACGGAGUGGCAGCGAGAGAAUUCAGGGUUGGAGAGUAGUCCAUUCAUUUAUGGAGAAAGGAGAAGAAGGAGCUGGAGAAAAUGAAUCAUCGAAAAAGCACAUGUCUUGGGCCCAAAGAGAAAUGGCCUGUGUUGGAGAAUGACUUGAAAGAGUGAUUUAUUUCUCAAAGGGAACAAAAUCAAGCUGAUUUUACUGUCGCAGUUCGGAUUGAUGCAAAGCUUCUAGCUUUAUCAUUCCCCUUCUCUCUUUUCCUUUUCUCUCCCACCUAGGCCCUGCGCUGCCCCCACCUCUUACUGACAGACUGUGCCACGCCACCUGGUGAGAGACUUCAGCUCACCACCACUCCAAUUCUGCCUCACCCCCAACAGCUGGCUCCCUCAGCAACAUACUUAUUUGUUUAUUUUGUUAUUGUUGUUUUCUUUUUUUUGUUGUUUCUUCUCUCCCCUUCUCCUUUCCUGUCCUUUCUCCUGCCCACCUAGCCCUGUGCACCAUUCACACCCCUUCUUGACAGGCUGAGCGACACUGCUCAAGUAGAGAGCCACCUGCACAUGGCCUCCCCAGGGUCUGCCUCAUCCCCACCUGCCGAAUCCCACUGCACUGAAUUUUAUUUACUUUUUUUUUGUGCUGUUUUUCCACCUCCGUUUCUUUCUUCUUUCCCUCACCCACUUAGCUCUGCACCUCGCAAGGUGGUGAGAGGUAUCAUGCCCAAAGACAGGAAAGCAACAAAACAUGCCCAGCCCACCUGCCCAAACAUAACUAUAUAAAACAAAAAAGCAGGACAAAACAAAAAAAUCUACAAUCUGUAAAUAAAGAAAAUAAUUCCUGAAUGUCCCGGAGAUAGCAGACAAUAUCAAAACAAAGAAGACAGGAUGCCUCCAGUAGGCAACCAAAAUAAAACACCAGGUGACCUUCUGGUAGAAAAAAAGUCACUAGAAUUACCUGAUAGGGAACUCAGUCAAGAACUGAUGGUACUGAAGGAAGAAGCCCAAGCUGCACUGAAGACAUUGGUGAAAACCAAGACUCCAGGAAUUGACAGAGUACCAACAGAGGUGUUUCAACAAACAUAUGCAGUGCUGGAAAUGCUCACUUACCUAUGCCAAGAUAUUUGGAAGACAGCUAUCUGGCAAACUGACUGGAAGAGAUCCAUAUUUGUGCCCAUCCCCAAGAAAGGCGAUCCAACUGAAUGUGGAAAUUAUCAAACAAUAUCAUAAAUAUCACGUACAGGUAAAAUUUUGCUGAAGAUCAUUCAAAAGUGGUUGUAGGAGUACAUCGACAGGGAACUGCCAGAAAUUCAGGCCGAAUUCAGAAGAAGUCAUGGAACGAGGGAGAUCAUUGCUGAUGUCAGAUAGAUCUUGGCUGAAAGCAGAGAAUACCAGAAAGAUGUUUACCUGUGUUUUGUUGGCUUUGCAAAGGCAUUCAACUUUGUGGAGCAUAACAAAUUAUGGAUAACAUUGCAAGGAAUGAGAAUUCCAGAAAACUUAAUUGUGCUCAUGAGGAAGCUGUACAUAGACCAAGAGGCAGUUGUUUGGACAGAACAAGGAAAUACUGUGUGGUUCGAAGUCAGGAAAGAUGUGUAUCAGGGUUGUAUCCUUUCACCUUACUUAUUUAACCUGUAUGCUGAGCAAAUAACCUGAGGAGCUGGACUGUAUGAAGAAUAACGGGGCAUCAGGAUUGGAGGAAGACUUAUUAACAACCUGCAUUAUGCAGGUGACACAGCCUUCAGUAUUGAUUAUACUUCACCAUAAAGAAAACAAAAACCUUAACAACUGGACCAAUAAGCCACAUCAUUAUGAACAGGGAAAAGAUUGAAGUUGUCAAGGAUUUCAUUUUACUUGGAUCUGCAGUCAGCACCCGUGGUAGCAGCAGUCCAGCCAUCAAUUGAUGUAUUGCAUUGGUAAAAUCUGCAAAAGACCUCUUUAAAUAAAGUCAUAGGAAGCAGAGAUGUCAUUUUAAGGACUAAGAUGGCCAGACCCAAGCCGUGGUGUUUCAGCCGCCUCAUACGCAUGCAAAAGUUGGACAAUGAAUAAAGAAGACCAAAGAAUUGACCCCUUUGAAUUACGGUAUUGGUGAAGAAUAUUGAAUGGACUGCCAAAAGAAUGAACAAAUCUGUCUUGGAAGAAGUUCAGACAGAAUGUUUCCUAGAGGCGAGAAUGGUGAGACUUCGUCUCAUAUACUUUGGAAGUGUUGUCAGGAGGGACUAGUCCCUGUAGAAGGACAUCAUGCUUGGUAAAGUAGAGGGUCAGGGAAAGAGAGAAAGACCCUCAAUGAGAUGGAUUCACACAGUGGCUGCAACAAUGGGCACAAGCAUAACAACGAUUUUGAGGAUGGUGCAGAACUGGGCAGUGUUUCCUUCUGUUGUACAUAGGGUCCCUGUGAGUCGGAACUGACUCAAGGCAUCUAAAAACAAGAAGUCUUUGGUCCAUGGAUUGAUUUUUAGAUACAGUCAACCAUAUUAUUCAGAAGGAAUUUUAAUAAUUAAAGGGUAAGAUCAAUAUGUGCCGUACUAGUUUUGGUUAAAAUAAUAUGCAACUGUAAAAUAAAGAGCCUGAUUCUCCUUUGUGCCUUGUAGGUUAAUUCACUCUCAUGAUUGAUCCAAAAGAAUUUCCCAAAAGGUUUAGUUGAAAUCGCUAAUAUGUGCAGUCUCAAGGAAUUUCAUGAAGUUGUUCUUUUAAUUACUUUAAAUCCUGUAUGAUAGUACUUUGAGCUUAAAAAGCAUAAAACCAAACCUGUUAAGGUAACUUUUAGAAAUCGGUAAUAAGAGAAGGGCAUAUGCCACUUAAAUCUAUGUAAAUUGAAUUAGGCGAUUUACUGUAACGUUUGAGAUAACGUUCCUGCCAUCUGGAGGACUUCCCUCAUUGUAACUUUGUUACUCAGCAGGAGUGUCUGAUGCUGUCAGUACUAGUAAGGGAGUCCAGGCAGCCCCUGGGUCCUGAAGUCCCACUUAAGGAUGACUCCUACUUGCCCUUCAAUGUUGUGUAAAUUUGUUCUCCCUUUGAAACAAUUGAACCAACCCCUACUUGCAGCAAAUUGUUUACCACAAACCCCUGCUGCACGUGCAGCUUUUAAAUCAUUGAAAAGGCUUCGAGCCUUUUCUUGCGCACAAGUGAGACUAAGUAAUAACCCUGUGCACCUGCUCUGACUCGGCUACAAAUUCCACUUAAUGCCUUAAAGACGCAAGAAUGGAUGUCGUGCAUAACGUGUAAUUUUACUUCUGUGUCUUCAGGCCUGAGAUACAGAGGAUGUUGCAUUUUCCCUGCGGUUUCUCAUCAGACAGCCAAAGAUUAGAAAUAAGAGCACAAGUUGCAGACGCCUUCUUAUCCAAGUUCCAGCUGACUCCUGAUGAAAUGAGUCUUCUCCGAGGUACAAGAGAAGGACCUAUUACUGAGGAUUUUUUCAAAGCCUUGGGAAGAGUAAAACAGAUUCACAAUGAUGUCAAAGUUCUCUUGCGUACAAACCAACAAACAGCAGGUUUAGAAAUUAUGGAACAGAUGGCGUUGCUUCAAGAAACAGCUUAUGAAAGACUUUACCGAUGGACUCAAAGUGAAUGCAGAACAUUGACACAAGAAUCAUGUGACAUAUCUCCAGUAUUAACUCAAGCAAUGGAAGCCCUGCAGGAUAGACCUGUCUUAUACAAGUAUACAUUAGAUGAGUUUGGAACUGCCAGAAGAAGUACAGUUGUUCGCGGAUUUAUCGAUGCUCUUACAAGAGGGGGCCCAGGAGGUACACCUAGACCCAUUGAGAUGCACUCCCAUGACCCUUUGAGGUAUGUUGGAGAUAUGUUGGCUUGGCUCCAUCAAGCUACUGCUUCUGAAAAGGAACAUCUUGAAGCCCUUUUAAAGCAUGUAACCACACAAGGUGUUGAAGAAAAUAUUCAAGAAGUUGUUGGGCAUAUCACUGAGGGUGUGUGUAGGCCUCUAAAGGUUCGAAUUGAGCAAGUGAUAGUUGCUGAACCUGGGGCAGUUUUAUUAUAUAAAAUUUCUAAUCUCCUCAAAUUUUACCACCAUACAAUUAGUGGCAUUGUUGGAAAUAGUGCAACCACCUUGCUGACUACGAUUGAAGAAAUGCAUUUGCUAAGCAAAAAAAUAUUCUUUAAUAGCUUGAGUCUUCAUGCAAGUAAGUUAAUGGACAAGGUUGAACUCCCUCCACCUGACCUUGGACCAAGCUCUGCGCUAAAUCAGACGCUCACGUUGUUACGUGAAGUUUUGGCAUCUCAUGAUUCUUCAGUUGUGCCAUUAGAUGCUCGCCAAGCUGACUUUGUGCAGGUUUUAUCAUGUGUCUUGGAUCCUCUCCUCCAGAUGUGCACUGUAUCAGCCAGCAAUUUAGGCACAGCUGACAUGGCUACUUUCAUGGUCAAUUCCCUGUAUAUGAUGAAGACAACAUUAGCUUUGUUUGAAUUCACUGACAGACGUCUUGAAAUGCUACAGUUUCAGAUUGAAGCACAUUUGGACACGCUUAUAAAUGAGCAAGCUUCUUAUGUUUUAACUAGAGCAGGCUUGAGUUACAUCUAUAACACUGUACAGCAACAUAAACCUGAACAAGGCUCUUUAGCUAAUUUGCCCAACCUGGAUUCUGUGGCACUGAAGGCUGCAAUGGUUCAAUUUGAUCGUUAUCUGGCAGCCCCAGACAAUCUGUUAAUGCCACAGCUGAAUUUCCUUCUGAGUGCCACAGUAAAAGAGCAGAUCAUAAAACAGUCUACAGAACUAGUCUGCAGAGCCUACGGUGAAGUGUAUGCAGCUGUGAUGGAUCCAGUCAGUGAAUACAAAGAUCCAGAGAACAUUCUGCACCGAUCUCCGCAGCAAGUGCAGACCCUGCUCUCCUGAUUAUCUUAGUUGCUUGUGUUAGCAAAAUAUUUUAUCUCUAAAACACUGAAGAUUUUCUUAUUUUUAGUCAAUUAGUCUUUACUUUGAAAUUUGAUGGUUAAGAUUUUCUUUGUAUCCUAAGAUUGUAAGCCUCAACAAUUUCUUUGCUUUAGCAUGUAAGAACGCAUUGACCUGAGUUAGGGUUGCUCUGUAUCUAGGACCAGAAAUGCUCUGUGCUCUGCUCUCCAUCCCCAGCUCUGUAUGGGAAAAGAAGCACAAGAGAGGUUUGAAGGAUUUCUUUACUAGUUCUCAUUAACAACACAUAAGAAAUUUGUCUAAAUAAAAAUUAAUAAUGUUCAGGAUAUGACCCAGUAUAUGUCUAUUUAUCUAAAGAUUCAUGUGCUUUCUUGUUAGUUACUAAUGUGACUAAAAAAAAAAAAAAAAAUUUUUUUUUUUUAUUUUUAAUGUGAGUAGACAUACUUAAUAAUACUUAAUAGUUUUGUUGAAUCUAGCCUAUUUCUCUGCCCCCAGAAUAACUUCCCUAAAAGGGUUACAAGGAUAGAGAAAAAUAAGAGUGGAUUGUGGGGGCGGACAAGGCAGUGACUCUCCUUUCUGUGGUACUUUAGCACACAGUGUAUAAUUGUCUACACACGUUUAUGUAAUUUUAAAUAUACACACAGCUAAAAGAAAAAAAGAAAAGUAAUUUGAGUAGCUGGGCUCCACUCUGUGUUUGCCCUGGACUGAGCUCAGAGUUCAACUCUGUAAGUGAAUUUAGGUGCUGCAGGCCUUCAAAGUGUGAGCAUCGUGUGCUAGGUGUAAAUCUGAUGUUUAAAGAUCUGUAUUUGUCAUGCAGUGUUGACUCCAGUUCCAGUCAAAGCCAUGAUUUAUCUGGUGUUCAAACCAAAGAAAUAAUGACGUACUGCAAUGCUGGAGGAAAAACUGCCGGAAGAGCAUUUUCUGAUCAGCAGUGUAUCUGUCUCCAUGGUGACCCUUCACAGAAAGAUUUAGGCUCUGACUUUAGAACUUCACCUAUGAGUAAGAUACAAAAACAAACAAACAAAAAAAACCUCAGUGUGUUUGAUGGGACAUUCUUGUAAAAUUUCUAGGAUAAUUUCUAUUAGUUAAAUAUCUUAAUUAACAGUUAAUGUAUGUAAAGAGUAAACCCCUAAAGUAUAAAUGAGAAAACUGAGGCACAGGAAAAAAAAAACUGAGUAUGGUUUGAAAUGUUUUGUAAGUAGUAACAUAAAAUUGAUAUUUGUAGUAGAUGGGAUAACAUAUAACAUAACUUAGUAUUUAUAGAACAUAGCCUAGUUAUCUGGCUCAAGUUUGUAAUUUUAGUAUAUGGCAUAGCAUAUAACAUAACUUAGUAUUUAUAGAACAUAGCCUAGUUAUCUGGCUCAAGUUUGUUGAUUCUAAUGUGAUUCUUUUGAUGCAAAAGCAGUUAUAGCUCAUCUAUUUUUCUGUAAAUCGGUACUUCUAGCCUUUUCCCUUCAAUGAAUAUGUAUGAUGGACUAUGAAGUGUGAUAUAAAUCAAAGCUUAUAUUUUACAUAAAUUAUACUGUGAAAAAAAGAUUAACACCUUACCAUUGGUGAAUGCCUUUGUUUUCUACAAAAAAAUUAAUUUUGCUUUUAACUGGUUUUCUCAAAUAGAAUAUUAAACUUUUUGGAGCAGUAUUUUUUUUCUUUUUUAAUAUACUUUAUUUUUUAGAUUAAUUUUAGGUUAAAAAAAAUUACACAGGAACUAUAGAGAGCUCCCAUGCGCCUCCUCCCUUGUCGUCUUGUAGGCUUAUUUGCCAUUUGUGUAUCUUCUUUGCUUAGGGGUCUGUCUGCUCAGAUCUUCUGUCCAUUUUUUUUUUUUUUUAAUUGUGCUUUAAGUGACAGCUUACAAUUCAAGUGAGAUUCUCAUACAAAAACUUAUACCCACAUUGUUAUGUGACCCUACUAGCUCUCCUUAAUAAUGUGACAGCACACUCUUCCUCUCCACCCUCUAUUUCCUGUGUCCAUUCAACCAGCUCCUGUCCCCGUCUGCCUUCUCUUCUCGCCUCCAGACAGGAGCUGCCCACAUAGUCUCAAGUGUCUACUUGAGCUAAGAAGCACACUCCUCACCAGUAUCAUUUUAUGUCUUACAGUCCAGUCUAAUCUUUGUCUGAAGAGUUAGCUUCUGGAAUAGUUUAAGUUUCGAGCUAACAGAGAGCCUGGUGGCCAUGUCCUCUGGGGUCCCUCCUGUCUCAGACCAUUAAGUCUGGUCUUUUUAAAGGAAUUUGAGUUCUGCACCCCACUUUUCUCCUGCUCCAUCAGGGAUUCUCUGUAUUGUGUCCCCUGUCAUGGUGCUCAUUGGUAGCCAGGCACCAUCUAGGUCUUCUGGUCCCAGGCUGAUGGAGUCUCUGGUUUAUUUAUUUAUUUAUUUAUUUAUUCUGUCUCAGGCUCACAUUUUCCUUGUGUCUUUGGUGUUCAUCAUUCUCCUCUGCUCCAGGUAGGUUGAGACCAAUUGUUGCAUCUUAGAUGGCCGCUUGCUACCUUUUAAGACCCUAGAUGCCAGAUGCAGAACAUUUUCUUAAGAAACUUUGUUAUGCUGGUUGACCAAGAUGCCCCCUCAAACCAUGGUCCCCAGACCUCCACCCCUGCUACUCUGUCCCUCAAAGUGUUUGGUUGUGUUCAGAAAACUUCUUAGCUUUUGGUUUAGUCCAGUUGUGCUGACUUCCCCUAUAUUGUGUGUUGUCCUUCCCUUCACCUAAGAUAAUUCUUGCCUACUAUCUAGUUAGUGAAUACCCCGUCCCGCGCUACCUACCCUCAUAAGCAUCAAAGAAUGUUUUCUCCUGUGUUUAAACCUUUCUUGAGUUCUCAUAAUAGUGGUCUCAUACAAUAUUUGUCCUUUUGCAACUGACUAAUUUCACUCAGCAUAAUGCCUUCCAUAUUCAUCCGUGUUAUGAGGUGUUUCACUGAUUUAUCGUUGUUCUUUAUCAUUGCAUAGUAUUCCAUUGUGUGAAUAUACCAUAAUUUGUUUAUCCGUUCAUCCAUUGAUGGGCACCUAGGUUGUUUCCGUCUUUUUGCUAUUGUAAACACUGCUACAGUGAACAUGGCUGUGUGUAUAUCUAUUCGUGUGAGGACUCUUAUUUCUCUAGGAUAUAUUCCAAGGAGUGGGAUUGCUGGAUCAUAUGGUAGUUCUAUUUCUACCUUUUUAAGGAGGCACCAAAUUGAUUUCCAAAGUGGUUGUACCAUUUUACAUUGCCACUAGCAGUGUAUAAAUGGUCCAGUCUCUCCACUGUUCUGUCCAUUUUUUAAUUGGGCUGCUUUUGUUCUUAUUGUUGAGUUGCAAGUACACAAGUCUUUUAGCAGAUAUAUGAUUUUAAGUAUAUUCUCCCAGUCCGUGGCUUGUCUUUUCAUUCUCUUAAUCAUGUGUUUUAUAGCCCAGCAGUUUUUAAUUUUAAUCAAAUCAAACUUACAAGUUUUCCUUUUAUGAAUUGUACUUUGGUAGUGUAUUUUAAAAGCCAUUGCCAAACCCAGGGUCACCUAGAUUUUCUCCUAUUUUAACUUCUAAAAGUUGUAUAGUUUUAAUUUAAUGUACAUGUCUGAGAUCCAUUUUGAUUUAAUGUUUGUAAAAGUUGUUAGGUCUGUAUCUGGGUAUUUCUGUUUUUUUGCAUGUAAAUGUCCAAUUGUUCCAGCACCCUUUGUUGAAAAAAAUCCUUUUCCAAUGAAUUACCUUUCUUCCUCUGUCAAAGAGCAGUUGGCUAUAUUUCGGUGUGUCUAUUUCUGGGCGCUCUAUUCUGUUCCGCUGAGCUACUUUUCUUUUGCCAGUACCACACUGUCUUGAUUACUGUAGCUUUCUAGUAGUCUUGAAGUCAGGUUGUGUCGGUUCUUUAACUUUGUUCUUCUUUAAUACUGUGUUACCUAUUCUAGGUUUUUGCCUCCCCAUAUAAACUUAAGGAUGAGUUUGAUGAUAUCCGUAGUGGUAGGUGUGAGCGUAUGCUGGCCUCACAGAAUGAGUUAGGAAAUGUUUGCUUCUGUUUCCUAGAAGACUAUUCAAGAAUUGGUGUAAUUUGUUUUUAAAUGUUUAAAUGUUCCCAAUGGAACCAUCUGGGCCUGACUCUGUGUUAGGAAGGAUAUUAAUUGUUGCUUCAAUCUCUUUAAUAGAUAUAGGCUUAUUGUGCCAUAGUGGAUAAGAACUACAACUGCUAACCAAGAGGUCUGCAGUUCAAAUCCACCAGGCGCUACUUGGAAACCCUAUAGUGCAGUUCUAAGGUGUCCUGUAGGGUCGUUAUGAGUUGGAAUCGACAGCCAUGAGUUUCGGUUUUAGUAUGAGUUAUAAAGGAGAACAGAAUGCUUUGGGUAUAUUUCAAAAUGGUUUCUUUUCCCUUGGUUGUACCUGAAGUAUGAGAGAAUUUUUCUCCAGUCUUCAUAAUGAGAAUAUGAUGGUUACAGAGACAAAUAAGGACAUUAUAUAUUGAUAAAAAAGAAUCAGUCAAAAACUUCUAACAGAUAUAAACAUUGUGCACCUACAGCAGCGCUCCAAAAUACUUCAAAUAACAGAGUUAAAGUGAGAAAUAGACAGUUCAACAAUGAUAGAGUCUCAAAUACUUCAUUUUCCAAAAUGAAUAGAACAACUAGACAGAAGGUCAGCAAAGAAGUAGUCUUGCACACUAUAAACCAGCUAGAUCUAACAGACGUUUAUAGGCCACUCCCCUCAACAACAGUAGAAUACGCUUUCCCCUCAAGUGCCAGUGAAACAUUCUACAGAUAGACCAUAUGUUAGGCCACAAAACAAGUCUGAAUAAAUUUAAAAAGAAAUCACACAGAAUAUGUUCUCUGUCCACAAUAGAAUGAAAUAGAAAUCGAUAACAGAAGAAAAUUUAGAAAAUUCAGAUAUGUGGAAAUCAGAAAAGAUACUCUUAAAUAACCAAUGAGUCAAAAAAGAAAUCACAAAGGAAAUUAGAGUAUACUUUGAGAUGAACUGAAGUUUCAUAUGAAACAACAUAUCACAUUUAUGGGAGGCAGCAAAAGUAUUGAGCAGAGGGAAAUUCAUAGCUUGAAAUGCUUACAUUAAAAUAGAAGAAAUGGGAGGUGGGGCAAAGAUGGUGGAGUAGUCAGACACUUCCAGAGAACCCUCUUAAAACCCAAAAAAACAAGUGAAAUGAUUAUAUUUAUGACAAGCUAGGAACCGUGAACAUCAAACUCAAAGUUAGAAAACAGACUGAGUGACAAGGGAGGGAGAGACAGUUCAGAAGCGGAGAGGAGUUCCGGGACCUGAAUUGCCAGGAACCCUCAGGCUGGUCGUAGCAUUUGGCUGCAGUUUCCUCAGGGAGAAACAGCCAGCCACACAGCCUACUCACACCUCCGGAACCAGAGAAGAACAGCACGGUCGGCAAAAGCUAAGUACUUGCGUAUAUUUUACCAUGCCUUCAGCCCCCAAGUUGGCUUCACUGGCUGUUGAUUUUCCUGGGCCUGAGAUAGGUCCCACUGCACGUCCUGAGACAUUCUCCCAGCCUUGGAGAAGGAAUAAACUCAAAAUUAGGGGAAAAGAUUGUCUGCCAGCUCCACUAACCUGGGCCACUCAGGACAGAAACGCCUCUUGUCCAGGCAGUAAUGGUCCGUGGACUUUGAAUACCUUUCCCUUGUGCAUGGACCUUUGUGGGCCUAUUUCAGGAGACUAGGCCCUUGUUGACAGACUGCAGCUGUUUCAGCUGUGUGGUGGAGAGGUCAGUGUUUGAUGUUUGAUACUGCUUUGUCUAUUAAACAGAGUCCUCACCUACCCACAUCAGGGGCCUAAGGACUGCUAGCUCCACUCACGUAACCCAGCCAUCCAUGACAGAGGACCAAGGAUAACUGGUACCUCCCAGUGCUUACAACCAAAAGCAUUUGGUGCCCAUGGUCCUUCUGUAGAAACCACCCACUCUAGGGGACAUGGACAUGCUUUCCUCAUAGACACUCGGAGGAUGGUUGUUAGCCCCCUACCUUGUUCAGAGCAUGACCCCUGCUGCAACCGGAUACCGGUACCUACAGCAAUCACCCCUGCCCCUCUAAGACUGUAGGAAAGACCCUAUACCAUACACUUGAUGACCAACUACCUGGACACGUGAGUUGAAUCAAUAUAAGAAAAGUGGAUGAACUCCUAGGCUGAUAUACCUGAUAACAGCUCUGGCCACGUGGUGACAGAAUGUUAGAGCUUUAAAGGCAAAAAUAAUCAAGCUAGCUCACUCAAGCAACCCAUUUGGGCGUAUCAAAACAAAGCGAAAAGCGAAGAGACAGUAAGAAAACAUAAACUAAUACAAUAACAUGGAUGGCUCAGAGACAACAGUUAAUAUCAAAUCACAUAAACGAGCAGACCAUGAUCGUUUUGACAAGCUCUCAAAACAAAGGACCUUCUGGAUGAAGGUAAGUAUCUGGAAUUACUGGGAUGUGGAAUACAAAAGAUUAAUGUACAGAACUCUUCAAGAUAUCAGGAAGAUGAGGAAGGAGAUCAGGCAAUACACAGAACAAGUCAAGGAACACACAGACAAAGCAGUUGAAGAAAAUAAAAAAGGUUAUUCAAGAACGUAAUGAAAAAUGUAAUAAGCUGCAAGAUCCAUAGAGAGACAGCAAUCAGAAAUUCAGAAGAUUAACAAGAAAAUUACAAAAAUGAGACAAUAGAAAGUCAGGGCAGCAGAAUUGAGCAAGUGGACGGCAGAAUUGUUGAGACUGACAAUAAAGCACUAGGCACCAGUGUAUGUGAGGAAAUAUCAGAUAAAGGAAUUUAAGAAAUGAAACCGUAAGAAUCAUGUGGAACUCUUAUCAAAAGAAAUAACCUACAAGUGAUUGCAGUACCAGAAAAGAGAGGGAUAACAGAAAAUACAGAGAAUUAUUGGCAAUUUGCUGGCAGAAAAAAUCCCUGAUAUCAUGAAAGAUGAGAAAGAUAUAUAACUGAGAUGCUCAUCGAACUCCAUAUAAGGUAGAUGUUAAAAGAAAGUCACCAGGACAUAAUCAAACUUGCCAAAACCAAAGAUAAAGAGAGAAUUUUAAUAGCAGCUAGGGAUAAAAGAAAAGUCACCUACAAAGAAGAGUGAAUAAGAAUAAGCUCAGACUACUCGGCAGAAACCAUGCAGGCAAGAAGGCAAUGGGAUGACUUAUAUAAAGCAUUGAAGGAAAAAAAUUGCCAGCCAAUGAACAUAUAUCCAGCAAAACUGUCUCUCAAAUACAAAGGAGAAAUUAGGACAUUUCUAGAUAAACAGAAGUUUGGGGAAUUGGUAAAAACCAAAGCGAAACUACAAGAAAUACUAAAGGGAGUUCUUUGGUUAGAAAAUCAAUAAUAUCAGUUAUCAACCCAAGACUAAACACAGGACAGAGCAAAGACAUGUCAACCCAGAUAGGGAAAUCACAAAACUAAAUCAAGAUAAAAAAAAAAUACUCAAAACAGGGAAACAGUGAUGUCAUUAUGUAAAAGAUGGCAACAUUGAAACAAUAAAGAGGGACUAAGAAAUAUAGGCAUAGAUCUUUCAUAUGGAGUGGAAAACAAGGAGAUAUAAAGAAAUAAAAGUUAGGUUUAACCUUAGGUAAAUAGGGGUAAAUAUUAAGGUAACCACAAAGGAGACUAACAAUCAUAUUUAUCAAAAAAAGAAAAGGAAAAAAAUACGAACUCAGCAGAAACAAAAUCAAGUACAAUGAAUAAGAGGAAAAGACAGUAUAUAAAGAUAAACUACUCAGCACAGAAAAUUAAGUGGGAAAAAGAAACUGUCAACAACACACAAAAAAAGAUAUCAAAAUGACAGCACUAACUUCAUAACUAUCCAUAAUUACGCUGAAUGUAAAUGGACUAAAUGCACCAGUAAAGAGACAGAGAAUGGCAGAAUGGAUACAAAAAUAUGAUCCAUCUAUAUGCUGCAUACAAGAGACACACCUACCUUAGACACAAAAACAAACUACAACUCAAAAGAUGGAAAAAAUAUAUCAAGCAAACAACAAUUAAAAAAGCAGGAGUGUCAAUAAUAAUUUCUCACAAAACAGACUUGAAGGCUAAAUCCACCACAAAGGAUAAGUAAGGACACUAUAUAAUGAUUAAAGGGACAAUACCAGCAGGAUAUAACGAUACUCAAUAAUUACAUACCCAGUUACAGGGGUGCAGGAUACAUAAGACAAACUAACAGCAUUGAAAAGUGAGAUAGUGCCACAAUUAUAGUAGGACCCUGCAACACACCACUUUCGGUGAAGGACAGAACAUCCAGAAAGGAACACAAGACACAGAAGAUCUAAAUGCCACAAUCAACCAAGUUGACCUUACAGACAUAUAGAGAACGCUCUACCAAAAACAGCCAAGUAUACAUUCUUUUCUAGUGCACAUGAAACACUCUCUAGAAUAGACCACAUAUUAUGUCAUAAAGCUUAACAGAAUCGAAAACACUGAGAUAUUACAAAGCAUCUUCUCUGACUAUAAGGCCAUAACAGUAGAAAUCAAUAACAGAAAAAGCAGGGCAAAGAAACCAGACACUUGGAAACUGAACAAUACCCUACUCAAAAAUGACUGGGUUUUAGAAGACAGCAAGGAUGGAAUAAAGAAAUUCAUAGAAUCCAAUGAGAGUGAAAACACUUCCUAUCAGAAACUUUGGGACACAGCUAAACAAAAUAAGUGAGAAAAGAAACUUUCAACAACACAAUAAAUACACACAUCCAAAAAGAAACAAGGGCCAAAUCAAAGAAUUAUCUCUAGAACCUGAACAAAUAGAAAGAGCAACAAAAGAAUCCCUCAGGCACCAGAAGAAAGCAAAUAAUGAAAAUUAGAGCAGAAUUAAAUGAAAUAGAGAAUAGAACAACUGAAAGAGUUAACAAGACCAAAAGCUGGUUCUUUGAAAAAAUUAACAAAGUUGAUCAACCAUUGGCCAAACUGACAAAAGAGAAACAGGAGAGGAAGCAAAUAACCCAAAUAAGAAAUGAGAUGGGCGGUAUUACACGCACCCAAUUGAAAUUAAAACAAUCAUAUCAGAUUACUAUGAAAAAUUGUACUCUAACAAAUUUGAAAACCUAGAAGAAAUGGAUGAAUUUCUAGAAACACACUACCUGCCUAAACUAACACAAACAGAAGAACAACCAAAUAAACCCAAAACAAAAGAAGAGGUUGAAAAGGUAAUUUAAAAAAUCCCAACAGCAAAUACAAAGCCCUGGCCUGGACAGCAUCAUUCCAGAGUUCUACCAAACAUUCAGAAAAGAGUUAACACCACUACUACUAAAGGUAUUUCAGAGCAUAGAAAAGGAUGGAAUACUCCCAAACUCAUUCUAUGAAGCCAGCAUAUCCCUGAUACCAAAACUAAGUAAGGACACCACACAGAUGUAUAUUCCUCAUGAACUUAGAUGCAAAAAUCCUGCACAGAAUUCUAGCCAAUAGAAUUCAACAACAUACCAAAAAAAUAA